CUUUGAAUGUUGGGGGGAACAGUAGAAAUUAGAUCGUUAGUCAAUGAUGGUGGGAUCAAACAACUAUACCUCGUAUUCGUUAGGAAACGCAAUGAACCAAACCUAGUAGCUAUUUCUAACUGGGCAUGCCACCGGCAUCCUUGGAUGUAAUACACUGACGAAGUUGGCGCCUUUUUCUUCACCUGCAACAUUGAUUCACCUGACCUUCCGGGGUCGCAGCGUAGGUCAACAUUGCAUUACGCCGCCGAGCUGCAUCGGAAUGUGCCCAGCCCUGUUGAUAAUGGGUAACUUCGUCACAGAUAGCGCCAAAAGUGAUUGCACCUAUAUUCAAAAGCUCGCCAGUUCCAUCACCUACAAAAUUAAAACAUCGAUUCUUCAUAAUGAAGGUUGCUGUGCUCUUAAUUCUCGCUGCCUCAGCUUUUGGUUUGCCUUUGCUGCGUGAUAACACGGACUCAGAUGCUACAGCCAAGCGCGAUGGCUCUACAGAAUUCGACACAGAUCUAUGCCUCGUCAAGAGGGCGGAGAAUAGGCGUGGUAUCAUCGGAGUUGGUAUCAACAAUUGCGCAUUUUAAGGACUACUCAGGUACUUUCUUGACGUAGCUUGGGGAUGGCUGUCGUCAGCUAUGGAAGUCUCCAGGGGCCUGUAUACCGUGCGCAUACGGUGGAACCUACUCAAACUGUGGUGGUACUUUGGCACCAGUACAUGGAAAGAUAUUUUGCACCCCGCUCAGGCUUUUGCAUAUUACGUAGCAUACGUAGCAA